GUUUGGCCUUCUUCUGUGUAUCUCUGCACACGGUGAAGAUCAGGCGGAGAUGAUGGCGGCAGGAGGAGUCGGGGGGGUGAAGUCUCUGCACAUCCUGAUGCUGGUUCUCCUCCAGCAGCUGUGGUUUCAGCCAGUAACCAGCACCACUGAAGAGCCCAAAGCCUGGAGACAAACCGGGCCCAGACUGCAGCUCUCACACUCAGACCUGAUGAACAGCUCAGUGUGGUGGCAGGCGGGGGUCAGCGGGGGGUACGAGGCUCUGCUGCUGGACGAGGAUCAGGGCUGGCUGCUGGUGGGGGGGAAAGACCACGUUUACCUGCUGAGAGCCGACAACCUGACGCUAAACACACACACGAUCCACUGGCCGGCUGCUAGAGAACACCAGAUACACUGCGUCAUGGCGGGGAAGAAUCCAGAGACGGACUGUGCUAACUUCGUGCGGCUGCUGCAGCCCUUCAAUAAAACUCAUGUUUACGCCUGUGGGACCGGAGCCUUCCAUCCUCAGUGCUCCUACCUCCAUGUGGGACACGACACAGAGGAGCCGUUGUUCGAGUUGUCUGAUACGAUGGAGUCGGGCAGAGGAAAAUGUCCCUUCAGUCCCAGAGAGCCGUUUACUGCUCGCCUGACGGACGGUGAGCUCUAUGCAGGAACUUCGGUGGAUUUUAUGGGAGCGAACGCUGCGUUUGUCCGUUCCUCAGUGCAGGAAAACACUCAGAACUACAUCAGCUCACAGGCCUUUGAUCACAACUGGCUCAACGAGCCGGAGUUCGUGGGCUCUUUCUCGAUCCCCGACACUCACAGCCCGGACGAUGAUAAAGUUUACUUCUUCUUCAGAGAGCGAGCGGUGGAGGCGGGUCAGUGGGAGAAGAGGACGUACAGCCGCGUGGCCAGAGUCUGCAAG